AUGUACGGCGGUGGCGCCGGCGAUUUGGCGGGGGGGGACUCAGAGAGGACCGCCUUCAGGAAGGCCGAGAAGGUCUACAAGCUCUACAAAUCAUCCGCCAGGAGAAGUAGGUCAGUUCAGGCCCUCUUUUCUCUCUGUCCCCUCCCCCCUUCCGCCGGCGACCUGGAAACCCUAAUUCCGGAACCUUCCCCGGCCGUCUCCCUCGCAGGCAGAAGCAGAGUCUCCUCCGCCAGACAGAUCUUUCCGGUGUAGUUGACUUCGCCGCCGUCCUCGACGAUUUCCACCUCGGCGGCGAUCCGCCGCCGGGGAUUAUCAGAUUACGAUGCUCUGAUUUCCCGGCGUCCGUCUUCUGCUUCGGCGACCGGCCAGGUAGCUGAAAAUCGGAAGGUUUCCUCGUCUCCCUCGCUUUCUGGUUUCCUCGAUUCAUCGGAUCUUCUCCUCCGAAGGGUUCUUCUUCAUUCCCGGAGCUCUGAGCGUUGAGGAGCAGUGCCGCUGGGUGAGGGAGAGCCUGGCCGCCUUCCCCGAGCCCCCCAACAGGACCAAUCACACCACCAUCUACGGCCCCCUCUGCGGCCUCCUCGAUGCUGCUCGGAGAAACAAGUUCCUCGCUGAGAUCGAAGCUCCUCCCGCGGAGGGAGGCGCUUCGCCUGGCCCAAUUCAUUCUCCAGACGAGUUGGGAGCUGGGGCAGCCCGCCUGCCUGGCUCUUGGCGGCCUUGGAACGUCGAUUCCACGGCUCCUCGCCAUUCCUUCGUCGGGGAUGGGGAAGGGCGCCCCUGCGAGCCCCUUCUUCCGGCACUCUCCCUUCUAAGGAAGCUCCGCUGGUCGACCCUGGGGUUCCAGUUCGACUGGUCCAAGGUGCGAAUCUCCUUCUCUUCUUCUCUGAAGCUCGAAAAAUCAACUGCUUCGGAUUCUUUCUCCAGAGGAGUUACGACGUCUCUCUCCCCCGCAACGAGAUCCCCCCGGCGCUCUGCUCGCUGGCGAAGAAGAUGGCGGCGCCCGCCAUGCCGCCGGGGGAGGAAUUCCGGCCCGAGGCCGCCAUUGUCAACUAUUUUGGCCCAAGUAGGUACUUCCUGCCGUCCGGGUCAACUCUGUAAUCACCAUCCUGCACAAGAUCAAAACUUGGACAACCAGGACCGAUCACAGACUGUGAUUAUCCUCCAGGUGACAUGCUCGGGGGGCACCUUGACGACAUGGAAGCAGACUGGAGCAAGCCCAUUGUGAGCAUCAGGUGACACUGCUGUGAUCCUUCUGCCGGCGUUGUUCUUCCCUUCCCUGUUCAUGGCGGCCUGCGCCUGAGAAAGCUCCUCUGCUAUCUUUUCUUCCUGGUUCAGCCUCGGCUGCAAGGCCGUCUUCCUCCUGGGAGGGAAGUCCAGGGAGGAUCCGCCGCUGGCGAUGUUACUGCGCAGCGGGGACGUCGUUCUCAUGGCGGGGGAGGCGAGGGAAUGCUUCCACGGUGAGUGUCGGUUCCAUCUCUGUGACUCAGCCAUGGCAGGACCCAUCUCGGGAUCCUUCUCUUCAAGUUCAUCGAUCCCCAGAGCUGCUGACUUCUUGGUGGAGAAGCGGAAUCGAUCAAAUGAGGAAGCCUGAUUUCCUUUUGUGCGUUGACUUUAGAAGGAAAUAAACCGUUCCAUGAAGAAGUAUCCACUCCUUCCCAUUCUGAUCUGUGCAGGAGUCCCUCGGAUCUUCACCGACGCUGAGAACGCCGAUGUCUCUUCCCUGGCGUCUCUCCUCUCCGGCGAGGACGACCGCUGCCUCAACGAUUACAUUCGGACUUCCAGGGUCAACAUUAACAUCAGACAAGUCUUCUGA